GCGAGUUUUGCUCAUGUCUUUUUAGUCCGUCGUCGCGCUUUUACGCAGAUUGACUCGCCGAUUGGCAAGUUCAAAAAGUUAUUGGGUUCGUAAGAGACGACGAUUUCAUUAAUACACCGAUUGAUGCUGAAAAUAUAAACAAAAUGCACGAAAACGCGGCCGUAUACAUUAAGGACUGCUGCAAGAGCUACGGCAGCAAGGAGGUGCUCAGGAAGCUGUGCAUGAAGGUCGAUCGUGGAACAAUUUACGGUUUGCUAGGGGCGAGUGGAUGCGGCAAAACGACGUUGCUGAGCAGCAUCGUCGGCAGGAAAUCGAUCGACGCCGGCGAGAUCUGGGUAUUGGGGGGAACCCCGGGAGCCAAAGGUAGCGGAGUGCCGGGACCCCUCGUUGGAUACAUGCCGCAGGACAUCGCUCUCGUCGGCGAAUUCACGGUGAAAGAUGCGGUCUUCUACUUCGGACGCAUUCUGGAGAUGGAAGACGAACUCAUCGAGGAACGGUUUUAUAAACUGUCGAAGAUGUUGGAUCUGCCGCCGGAGGACAGGUUCUUGAAGAACUGCAGCGGCGGCCAGCAGAGGAGGGUGAGUUUCGCCGCCUCCAUGGUUCACAUGCCCGAACUCCUGAUCCUGGACGAACCUACUGCGGGCGUGGAUCCGGUUUUGCGCGACCGGAUUUGGAAUUAUUUGGCGGAGAUCACGCAGAAGGAGAACAUGGCUGUGAUCAUCACCACUCACUACAUCGAAGAAUGCCGCCAAGCACAUAAAAUUGGUCUAAUGAGGGAAGGUAGACUUUUGGCGGAGGAGUCGCCAGGACGGUUACUGACGUUGUUCCAGACGGACUCUUUAGAAGAUGUGUUCUUGGCGCUCAGUAAAAGGCAGGAGGAAGGCCGAUUGGAUGAAGUAAACUUUGACAACGUGGCCGACGAUCAAAACAACACGGUUAUCCCUUACACAGGUUCCACUUCUACAGUUGCAACUUUUGACAUUUCCCACGGGUCAACUGAUGUUCUAACAAAUAAGAAACCACCGAAAAUUGUUAAAACUGUCGGAACCAUCAGCAAAAACAGACUUAAGGCUCUUUUGGACAAGAACUGGAAACAGUUCUAUAGGAACAUAACUGGCCUAUUUUUUAUAAUUGGCUUUCCCGUUCUUCAAUGUUUAUGCUUUUUAUUGGCUGUGGGAGGAGAUAUAAGGGAUGUUAAUCUUGCCAUAGUAAAUGAUGAAACGAUGACACUUAAGUGUCCCAAUUUUACAAAGAAUGGUACAGCUAUUCCUUACAGUUUUUCAUCUUGCCAUUUCUCCAAUUUGAGUUGUCGCUUUUUAACCUACCUAGAACACCCCAUGAUAAAUAUGGUGCUGUACGAUAAUGUGGAUUCGGCGAAGGAAGGAGUAAGAAAUGGAAAAGCAGCUGGAGUUUUGUACAUGGCCAGCAAUUUUACAAUUUCUCUAGAAAAUAGGACAAACUUAGGCAAAGACACGGAAGAUGACGUACUCAGUACUAGUGAGAUACAAGUAUGGAUGGAUAUGUCAAACCGUCAAAUAGGACAGACCAUGAAGUACAAACUAUUAACUUUAUACUUGGAUUUUCAAAAAGACGUCAUGGAAGAUUGCAAAUUGAACAAGAAAUUAGCAGAUAUGCCUUUGAAUUUUAAGGACGGAUUUUACGGCCACAAAGAUGAGACUUUUACCGUAUUUAUGGCACCAGGAACUUUAGUAACGUUGAUAUUUUUCAUGGGAGCAAUACUAACUUCCCAGAUUAUAAUCACAGAUCGUUGCGAGGGAGUUUGGGAUCGUUCGAUCGUUGCCGGAGUCUCCUCCAUUGAAAUAACCCUGACUCAUUUCGCUCUUCAGGCCUGCAUAGUGGUGCUGCACACAGUCGAACUCUUGGUUCUAACUUUCAACAUCUUCAAGAUGGAUUAUAACGGAGAAAUGUGGGUUAUGGGCAUUAUUUUGUACAUACAGGGUUUGUGCGGGAUGAGUUAUGGUUUCUGGAUUUCAGUCAUAAGUUACAACCAUUCGAUGGCGAAUAUUUUAACGACCGGUACCUUCGUACCCAUGAUCAUAAUUUGCGGCAUGGUUUGGCCCUUGGAGGGAAUGUCUUAUUUUCUUAGAGUACUUUCAAGGUGUUUGCCAUUCACAGUCGCAAUAGAAUCUGUGAGAAAUGUCAUGAAAAAAGGUUGGAAAAUCACCCAUUUUAGGGUUUAUGACGGAAUUGGAAUGGGCAUUUUGUGGACGUUAAUUUUUGGAUUUUUAAGUGUCUAUUUAAUUAGAAAGAAACGAUAGUUUUAUUUGAAUGUUAUUAGUUGUUAUUUAUUGCAUUAAAUGUGAUUUUAUAUUUUAGCAUGUUUGUGGAUAGUUUAGUAAAUAAAUACAUAAGUUAAUUUUUUUUUAAUAUUCAA